CGAUCACAUAGUGGCAGUACACCGGAUUAUUACCUUCUCACCCUUUCGUGAUUGUUACGGCGACGUUUUACCAGCACCUUCCUGAUCUUGCCACGUCAUCGUACUGAAUUAAUCAGGCUCCUCGAUCUUGAUUUUCACAUACUGCACGAUUCUCGAGGAGGAGAAGAGGCGAAGAAAAGUACGAACUCCCAUUUGCACCCGGUUGACUUUAAUGAGUUCGUGUUCUGCACUCUACACGCUCACCAAUGGCGUUCUCGGAGUUUUUUCACGGUUUGUGGGCGUUGUCCAUCUCUCCGAGUCUUUGCUUCUGAUUCACGCGACCCACUAUUUAACCUAUUUGGUGUAAAUCCCGUGGAUUUUAACAAGUGGCAUGGGAAUUACUUGGAAGUGAAGGUGAAAUGAUUGAUUAUACGAAGACCGAGCUUCCUAUUUCGUAUACUUACUUCCCUUCUAUUGUCCCAGAAAGAUUUGGGAUGAUGCAAGCAUUGUUGGAGGAAUUUUGCUUCCCGUUACAUGGCCAAAAUAAUGGACAGUAAGCUGUGCAAUAUUAUCUGCCGGAUUAAACUUGAUGAUGACAAUGGACAAAAGAGCCAAAGAUUAGAAAGAGAAGGUUGAGGGUACAUUUGGUCUACAAUCCAUAUGAGAGUGAUGUGGAUUGACAUCUAGGUGGGUGGCACGAGGAAUGACCAAAUUCGGUUCUAUCAGUUGAGCUCUGGUGUACCGGAAGUAGUUUACCCCGAUGUCGAGGUCACUCAGGAUGAGACUCCCUGAGCUGUUUAAUAACGGUAUAGAUUGAAAGAACAUUGCCAUUCACUUUUUCCACUGCCAUAUAUCAAUCUUCUUCGCGUUUGAUGCUCUCUUUUGGGGUCAGAACCUGCAGUUUGUGCCCUAUUUGGCAAUGUUUGCUCUGCUCUUUUUGUGGGCUGGAAUCGAUUCAAGAAGGCCGGGAGGCAGCAAUUGAGGGAUUCUAUGAAGACCCACCUCACUUCACAGACAAAUCCCUACUUGCCUGAGCCAAUUUUGUUGGUUCUUUGGCUUCCACUUGCUAGUUGUAAUCAAUCCUCACCGUCGCUUGAGGGCCGACUGUGAAAUUUUAGAAACUUUAAGGAAAAAAAAAAACAACAAAAUCAUCGAAAUAAAAAAGAAUCAAUUGCUGUUGCAUUUUAGUUCAUUCAUGAUUUCAUUAUUAAACAAAUAAUUUAAAAUUAUUAAACACAAUUAAACAACCGAUACAGUGAUCUUUCCUUGUGGAUCCUUACCAAACAAGAAUAAGAAUAUCAUCAAUAUGCCAAAUAAAAAGAACUUCAAUUUAAUUUACUAACUAAAAAAAUCAAACAGAAUACUGAUUCAAUUUUUCCAAACUAGUGACAACAUACAUCACUUCGAUUCAAGUUGUGUUGAUCGACUACAAAAUUUCCAUUACAAUCGCUUCAACUCUAAACUAAAAUAUUUACAAAUUCUAUAUGUUGAUAGAGUUUUAUAAAUAUAUUUUACAAACAUUUUGUCAAAUUUAUUUUUAACCGUUCUCCGCCAAGGACAUUUACAGGGGAAUUGUCACAGUAUAUUUUCUUUUAGAAAAAUAAACUAUGUAUUGGAGUCCAUGUUGAUAAACCGAGAUACAAGUGGACAUAACUUUGUAUAAUGAGAUCACGUUGACCAAGUUGCAAGUGCAUGAGAUUCCCCGUGGUGGUGAAGAUGGAGAAGAGAAGAACAGUAUUGCAUCUCGUUGACUAUAGUUCUUGUUCUGUAAUUCUCUUCACACUCACCAAUGGCGUCUCGGAUCUCUCUUCCAGUCCAGACAUUGACGAUCGCCCUCAGCUUUCUGCUUCUGUUUCACUCUGUUCACUGUUUCAACUUGUUCGGCAUUCGUCCGGUGGAUUUCAAGAAGGGGGAUGACUUGAAAGUGAAGGUGAAAGGAUUAACUUCUACGAAGACCCAGCUUCCGGUUUCGUAUUACUCUCUUCCGUUUUGUCGUCCCGAAAAGAUUGAGGAUGAUGCCGAGAACCUUGGAGAAAUUUUACUUGGUGAUCGAAGUGAAAAUUCCCCCUAUGUGGCCAAAAUGUUGGAGCAUCAGCUGUGCAAUAUUGUAUGCCGGAUUGAACUUGACGGCAAAGGAGCUGAAGAGUUGAAAGAGAAGAUUGAGGAUGAGUAUAUGGUUCACAUGAUCCUUGAUAACCUUCCUUUGGUUCAUCCGAUUAGAAUUUUUGAACAUGACUCUCCCCUUGCUUUUCAGCUUGGAUUCCAUAUGGGGCUUAAAGGGUAUUAUCCUGAGGAACAAGCUAAAUACUUCAUCUACAACCACUUAUUAUUCACCAUCAAGUAUUAUCAUGAUAUACAAUCAAAUUCUACUAGAAUUGUGGGAUUUGAGGUUAAGCCAUUCAGUAUCAAACACGAAUAUAAUGGGAAAUGGAAAGAAAGGAAUACUCGUCUAUCGACUUGUGACCCAAUCAGGAAAAUUGUGGUUAUGAACUCUGAUGGUCCUCAAAUGGUUGAGGAAGGCAAGGAAAUCAUUUUUACUUAUGACAUUGAGUUCCAGGAGAGUGAUGUCGACUGGCCAUCAAGAUGGGAUGCCUAUCUUGCCACAAGGGAUGACCAGAUGCACUGGUUCUCUAUACUGAACGGUUUGGAGUCUAUUCUUGUGAUCUCUGGCAUACUUGCAGUAAUUGUCUGGCGGAUUUACCAUGAUAUUUUUAACUUCAACGAUCUUGAGACUCAAGAUAGAGCGCAAAAGGUGACAGGAUGGAAACUCAUCCACGGGGAUGUUUUCAGGCCACCAUGUAAUUCAGAUCUCCUUUGUGUCCAUGUCGGAACUGGAGUUCAGAUUCUUGGAAUGAUUCUAGGCACUAUGCUUUUGGCCAUCCUGGGACUCCUCUCCCCUUGUAGCAGGGGCGACCUCAUUACAACUAUGCUCUUGCUCUGGAUCUUUAUGAGCCUCUGUGCCGGUUACGUGUCUGCCCGUCUUUACAAGAUGUUUAAUGGUACAGAUUGGAAGAAAAUUGCCUUUAAGACAGCCGUCACAUUCCCUUCUGUCAUCUAUGUAAUCUUCACCGUCUUAAAUAGUCUCUUAAGGGCUCAGAAAUCCUCUGUAGUAGUGCCAUCUUGGGCAAUGUUUGUUCUGCUCCUUCUGUGGAUAGGAAUCUCAGCCCCACUUGUCUUUGUGGGAAGUUAUGUUGGAUUCAAGAAGGAAACAAUUGAGAAACCUGCGAAGACCAACUCACUCCACAGGCAAAUCCCUCGUCAAUCCUGGUACAUGAAUCCGAUCUCGAUUGUUUUGAUCGGAGGGAUACUCCCUUUUUCAACCGUCGUCGUCGAGUUGUCCUUCAGCCUUACUGCAACUUGGCUAAACCAGUUUUAUUGGUUCUUUGGCUUCCACUUGCUGGUUUUCAUCAUCCUCACCGUCACUUGUGCUGAAAUAUCCAUCAUGCUUUGUUAUUUACAGUUAUGUAGGGAGGAUUAUCGCUGGUGGUGGCGAUCGUAUAUAACGUCGGGCUCGGUUGCUGUUUACCUCUUCCUUUACUCGAUAUCAUACUUCUCCAAGUCCUUAGAGAUCACAAAGCUUAUUUCUGUGUUAUUGUACAUAGGAUACAUGCUAGUUGCUUCGUAUGCAUUCUUUGUGCUAACCGGUACGAUUGGGUUCUUUGCAUGCUUUUGGUUCACAAGAGUUAUCUAUUCAAGUGUGAAAUUUGAUUAGCAUGUUCUUUAUUUUUCUGUUUGAUUUUCCUUUCAUUGUACAAAACUUGAGAACCUGGUACUUAAAUUCUCUUUAACGUUAUUAGUACAUUGUUUUGAACCGUGAA